AUGCCCGCCUCCAAAACAACACACCCCCUUCAGAUCAUCUCUUCCGUCUCCGACUCUCCUCUUACCUCUGACCAUGUCGAGCGCCAAUCACCGCCUCCGUCGUCGACCUCCCUGAAAUCGACUCCCACUACGACUUCCAACGCUUGGCUCCAACAGGAUUUCUCCUUCUCCUUCAUCCCACCUCUUCUCUUACCUCUCUGCCUCAGGUCCCUAUGGUCAUGGUGGUUUGAGUUCUGUUCCUCUUCGGAAAUCUUCAAGUUCCGGCUCCGACAAGAUUGCUCCUUCUCCUUCAUCCCACCUCUUCUCUUACCUCUCUUAUCUACAGUCGUCUGCACCCUCCCUCCGGAAUUGACUUCGCCCCCAGAAGCUGCGCCGCCUCCGCCAGCUUCCGCUAGCACCGCAACAACGACAACCUCCUGUUGCAGGUAA